AUGGCCGACACCAACCCCCCUGCGCAGCCUGCUGCUGCUGCCGAGAGCGCAGAGAACCUUCACACCGACCCCGUGACCGGUGAAAAGAUCUCCAAGAGCGAGCUCAAGCGUCGCCAGAAGCAGCGCGAGGUUGAGAAGAAGAAGGCCGAGAAGGCCGAGAAGAACGCAAACCUCCCGGAGCGUCCCAAGAAGGAAGGAAAGAAGGAGGAGGUCGAGCUGAACCCGAAUCAGUACUUCGAGAUUCGAAGCAAUCGCAUCAAUGCCCUACGAGCCUCCAAGGACCCCAACCCCUACCCCCACAAGUUCCACACCAACACUAGGAUACACGAAUUCGUGGAGCAGCACAAGGGUCUUACUCGUGGAGAAGAGCUGAAGGAUGGGCCUGAGAUCCGCAUCGGUCUGCGCGUCAUGGCCAUUCGCUCCAGCUCCAGCUCGCUCCGCUUCUACGUCGGAAAGGCCGAGGGUGUCACGAUCCAGGUCAUGUGCCAAUUGCAGAACGCAAAGGGUGAUGUUCCUUUCGAGAAGCAGCACGAGAACAUUCAGCGUGGAGACAUCAUCGGCGUGGUGGGAUACGCAGGCCGCACAGCUCCCAAGAAGGGCGGAGACGGCGAACUCAGUGUCUUCGCUCAGGAGGUCAUCUUGCUCACUCCCUGUUUAAGGAUGUUGCCAACCGAGCAUUUCGGAUACAAGGACCAGGAGCAACGCCACCGCAACCGUUUCCUCGAUCUCAUCAUGAACGACUCGACCCGCGAGACCUUCAUCACCCGCUCCAAGAUCGUCAAGUACAUCCGCCAAUAUCUUGACGAGCGCGACUUCCUCGAAGUCCAGACACCUAUGAUGAACAAGAUUGCUGGAGGUGCCACCGCACGCCCAUUCAAGACACAUCACAACGAGCUGGAUAUGGAGCUCUUCCUCCGUAUUGCGCCUGAGCUGUACCUGAAGGAGCUUGUCGUUGGUGGUCUUGACAGAGUCUACGAGAUCGGUCGCCAGUUCCGUAACGAAGGAAUUGACCUCACUCACAACCCGGAAUUCACGACGGUGGAAUUCUACAUGGCUUACGCUGAUUACGAGGACGUUCUGCAGAUGACCGAGGAGCUUGUUAGUGAGCUUGUUUUUAAGGUCAAGGGCAGCUAUGAAACCGUCUACCACACACAGAGCGGAGAGGAGUACAAGGUCAACUGGGCAAGGCCAUGGAGGAGGGUCAACAUGAUUCCCGCUCUCGAGGAGGCCACUGGCGAGAAGUUCCCUCCCUCGAACGAGCUACACACCACAGAGACCAACGAGUUCCUCAAGAAGGUGCUCCAGAAGAUGAAGGUCCAAUGCUCAGAACCCCGCACCAACGCCAGGAUGAUCGACAAGCUUGUCGGCGAGUACAUCGAAGAGACUGCCAUCAACCCUACCUUUAUCGUCGGACAUCCGGAGGUUAUGUCGCCGCUCGCCAAGUACCACCGUGACUCUCCCGGUCUCUGUGAGCGUUUCGAGGCCUUCGUCUGCAAGAAGGAAAUUUGCAACGCCUACACCGAGUUGAACGAUCCUUUCGACCAGCGCCUGCGAUUUGAGGAGCAGGCCAACCAAAAGGAUCAGGGUGACGAUGAGGCACAGCUCAUCGACGAAACCUUCUGCCAGGCGCUAGAGUUCGGACUCCCUCCAACCGGCGGUUGGGGCCUGGGCGUCGACAGACUGGUGAUGUUCUUGACCGACCAUUACUCGAUCAAGGAAGUUCUGACCUUCCCCUUCAUGAAGGACGUCGAAGACACAAAGAAGACUGCAGCUGAGGUUGUUGAUGUUACGCCCAAGGCUGAGGAAGGCAUCUUCCACAAGUAA